CGUCUAAUGCAAUGUCGCUUGUUUUCCAGGUUUACAGGGAAUAUUGGUCUAUGCAAAUCCACCAGAUGCGUGUAAUUCACUGCUUAGUCCUCCAGAUCUACCUGGUUAUAAGGGGAUGUUUGUAGUUUUAAUAGCACGUUCACCACAAAACUGUUCAUUUGAACAUAAAGUUCGAAUGGCGGAGAACGCCUCAUAUGAUGGGGUCAUUGUACAUAACGUAGGAUCGGACGAACUGGAACCGAUGUCCGCAAAAAAUAAAGUCGGAAUUACCAUACCGUCCGUUUUCGUCAGCGAGACCACGGGAAGAAUACUGCAGGAAAUGUAUUGCAGUCCAGAUUAUUUUGUAAUAAUCAACUCGGAGAUGCCGUUUAAUUUUAAUUCAACAUUGUUAAUUCCCUUCGCAAUCGUCGUGGGGGUUUGUUUUAUAGUUAUGGUUAUAUUUAUUGUUAUCAAAUUUAUAAAAGAUCGCAGAAGACAACGCAGGCAUAGGCUGCCGUCUUCUACCUUAAAUCAAAUACCCACAUGUAAAUUUGCCAAAGGGGACCCAUAUGAUACAUGCGCAAUUUGUCUGGAUGAUUAUGUGGAAGGAGAAAAAUUAAGAGUUCUACCUUGUGCGCACGCGUACCAUUGUAAAUGUAUUGAUCCUUGGUUAACGAAAAAUCGUAGAGUUUGUCCUGUUUGCAAACGGAAAGUGUUUGCUCAGCAUGAAUCUCAUCACUCCAACUCCGAUAGCGAUUCCGAUGCGGAUGACACUACACCGCUAAUGAACUCGAGUAAUCAAAUGUCGCACAGUGGUGGAACAUUUGAUUCUCUAUCGGAGAAUCCCUUUCAACGUGCUGCUCGAUCUGCAUCCCAGCAUGCGGACGGAGUGAACUUAGUAACGGCGUCUGGACAUCACAGUAUAAAUGGCGAGGUUGAAGCUAGUGACGAUUCAGAUUCAUCUACUUCUUCCGAUUCAUCACACCAUUCAACCGCUGCACUAAUUACUCUCCUAAGGGACGUUGAAGAACAAUUGCAAGGGGAUUAAGUGCAGAAAUUUGUCAUCAGUUUCAUUCUUACCUGGUCAAUUUGAUUGAAAUUUGUAUGUUUUCUGUUAACGUUUGGAACUUUAAUACGGUGCUAUUAUUUAGUGAUAUGACUUUAGUUCUUAUGAUUAUCUCUUUACAUUUAGCUGUAGGUUUCCAAUUAUUUGGCUGCUUUUUUUAAUGAAGUAUUUGACUGUAAUUCUUUAUUCUGUAUUUAAAUGUAUGUAUAUUGAGGACUUGAAUAUAUGUAGAAAUUAAGUGUAA